CCGGAAGGUCCUCUCCCAGCGUCCCUGGAGCCCCGGAUUGUGAUGGGCGAGGAGACGUGUCGGGCGCCCCCACUGCCCAGGGCAACCCUGCCAGAGCUCAGGGACUGCGAGGGUGGGCACGAGCCUGAACCACCCCCCGAGUUGUGUUCUCAGGGUGACCCUCCUGUGCCUUUCCCCGCCCCAGACUCUGAUUCCUUCUUCACACCUCCUUCCACCCCCACCGAGACAGCCUCUACCCUGCUCCCUGGCCCCGGGCCCCGCAGGGACAGCAGGGACAUCCGGGAUGCCCAGGCUGAGCUGGGGGACUCGCCGCCAGCCUCACCCUCAGGCUCCUACGUCACGGCGGACGGGGACAGCUGGGCCUCGUCCCCAUCCUGUUCCCUGAGCCUGAAGGCCCUGGCUGAAGGGCUGGAUGUGCCCUCGGGCUGGGGCUUCUCCCCACCGGGGUCCAUGGUGGACGAGAGGGAGCCGCCCCUGCCUGAGCCCCUGGACACAUCUUCAGAGUCCAGCCUCUCGGAGGACAGCAGUUCUUCCUGGGGCCAGGAGGGCCACUUUUUUGAGCUGGACUUCCUGGCCAACGACCCAAUGAUCCCUGCUUCCCUCCUGCCCUUCCAGGGCAGCCUGAUCUUCCAGGUGGAGGCCGUGGAGGUGACGCCGCUGCCCCCUGAGGUGGAGGAGGAGGAGGAGCAGGAGGAGGAGCAGGAGGAGGGCGAGGCGGCCCCCGCCCCCAGAGGGGACCUGGCCGGGGAGGGCGAGGACGACAGCACGUUUGCCUCCUCCCUGCAGUCGCUGUCCGACCUCUCCAUCACCGAGGGCAUGGAUGAGGCCUUCGCCUUCCGGGAUGACACCUCGGCUGCCUCCUCGGACCCCGACUCGGCCUCCUACGCAGGGGCUGAUGAUGAGAGGCUAUACAGCGGGGAGCCCCAUGCACAGCCCGCCGCCCUGCUCCAAGGCAGCCUUGGUGAGGCCACCACCUGGGGCCUGGAGGCCACUUCUGGGCUGUCCGAGGGGGAAACCAGUCGCGCUGCCAAGAGGCAGGAAACCAACUCCGAAAUAACUUGGCUGGGUCCCACUUCAGGCCAGACGUCCACUGCUGCUGUGGCCCCUCACGCCCUGCAGGAAGCCCCAGGUUUCGCUGGGGCGACCGCUCACACCUGGGAUGAAGAGGCAGACUCCACGACAGGACCAGCACCUGUUGCCGCGAUCACGCCUCAGCACCCGCAGAACGGAGACAGCGCUGCAUUAGGCCCAGAGCCCUGGACUUCUAAGGGAGAGGCAGACCUCAGCUCUCUGCAAAACCUGAAGAAAGAAGCAGGCCACGGGUUUGCCACUGCAGCCAGCUCUGAGACUCAGCAGGAAGAAGUGGACCUGACGGCAUUCCUGCCCCUGCAAGAUGCAGCCCUCCCCUCUGGCCAUGGAUCUGCCUCCGAGGCCAGUCCUGAACCCCUGCCAGAAGAAGUGGACAUGACAGCAUCCCUGCCCCUGAAGGAUGCAGCCUUCCCUUCGGCCCAGGAAUCUGCCCCCAAGGCCAGUCCUGAACCCCAGACAGUAGACGUGGACAUGACAGCAUCCCUGCCCCCGAAUGAUACAGCCCUCCCCUUGGUCCAGGGGUCUGCCUCCGAGGCCAGUCCUGAGCCCCAGCCAGAAGAAGUGGACCUGAUGGCAUCCUUGCCCCUGCAAGAUUCAGCCUUCCCCUCAGUCCUGGGAUCUGCCUCUGAGGCCAGUCCUGAGCCCCAGCCAGAAGAAGUGGACAUGACAGCAUCCCUGCCCCCGAAGGAUGCAGCCCUCCCCUUGGUCCAGGGAUCUGCCUCCGAGGCCAGUCCUGAACCCCAGCCAGAAGAAAUGGACAUGACAGCAUCCCUGCCCCUGAAGGUUGCAGCCUUCCCUUCAGCCCAGGAAUCUGCCUCAGAGGCCAGUCCUGAACCCCAGGCAGUAGAAGUGGACAUGACAGCAUCCCUGCUCCUGAAGGAUGCAGCUCUCCCCUUGGUGCAGGGAUCUGCCUCUGAGGCCAGUCCUGAACGCCAGCCAGAAGAAAUGGACCUGAUGGCAUCCCCACCCUUGAAGGAUGCAGCCUUUCCUUCAGGCCAGGAAUUUGCUGUCAAGGCUAGUCCUGAACCCCAGCCAGAAGAAAUGGACAUGACAACAUCCCUAGGCCUGAAGGAUGCAGCCCUCCCCUUGGUCCAGGGAUCUGCCUCCGAGGCCAGUCCUGAACCCCAGCCAGAAGAAAUGGACAUGACAGCAUCCCUGCCCCUGAAGGUUGCAGCCUUCCCUUCAGCCCAGGAAUCUGCCUCCGAGGCCAGUCCUGAACCCCAGACAGUAGACGUGGACAUGACAGCAUCCCUGCCCUCGAAGGAUGCAGCCCUCCCCUUGGUCCAGGGGUCUGCCUCCGAGGCCAGUCCUGAACCCCAGCCAGAAGAAGUGGACCUGAUGGCAUCCCUGCCCCUGAAGGAUGCAGCCCUCCCUUCGGCCCAGGAAUCUGCUUCUGAGGCCAGUCCUGAACCCCAGCCAGAAGAAGUGGACAUGACAGCAUCCCUGCCCCCGAAGGAUGCAGCCCUCCCCUUGGUCCAGGGAUCUGCCUCUGAGGCCAGUCCUGAACCCCAGCCACAAGAAAUGGAAUUGACGGCAUGCCUGCCCCUGAAGGAUGCUGCCCUCCCCUUGGUCCAGCGAUCUGCCUCUGAGGCCAGUCCUGAACCCCAGCCAGAAGAAAUAGACCUGAUGGCAUCCCCACCCUUGAAGGAUGCAGCCCUCCCUUCAGCCCAGGAAUCUGCCUCCGAGGCCAGUCCUGAACCCCAGGCAGUAGAAGUGGACCUGACAGCAUCGCUGCCCCCGAAGGAUGCAGCCCUCCCCUUGGUCCAAGGAUCUGCCUCUGAGGCCAGUCCUGAACCCCAGCCAGAAGUAAUGGACAUGACGGCAUCCCCACACUUGAAGGAUGCAGCCUUCCCUUCAGGCCAGGAAUCUGCCUCCGAGGCCAGUCCUGAACCCCAGGCAGUAGAAGUGGACAUGAUAGCAUCCCUGCCCCUGAAGGAUGCAUCCCUCCCCUUGAUCCAGGGAUCUGCCCCCGAGGCCAGUCCUGAACCCCAGCCAGAAGAAGUGGACCUGACAGCAUCUCUGCCCCCGAGG